AUGCCGAUUACAUCAUCAGGCGCUCCGAAAUCGCGAAAGCCGCGUCCUUCCAGAGCAAGGGGCUUAAGGACAACAACAGGUUGUUUGACCUGCAGAGGGCGCCGCAUCAAAUGUGAUGAGCAGAGACCACGCUGCGCGACCUGCAUCAAAUCAGACAGAGAAUGUCGAUAUGCAUCGCUCAACGACGUUCCUACGAGCACGGCAACAAAUGGAUCGACGCCACCGGCUCAUGCAAUUGCAUCGCCGGCACUGGCCAGGAGGUCGAUCACCAGCGAAUCUCCAUUCAAUAACUCGCCGGAGCUACAUUUUGACUCGCCGUUGACUACUGGAAGUAUAGCGUCAAUGCCUUCACCAAACUCAGCCCCCUAUGAGUGGUACGACUUGCUUGCUGAAGAUGCGAUCCAAAAUGUUGCAAAAUACAAUCUCAACUUGGAUGUUGAGAAGCCACGAAGAGAGAGCCCCGAAGAGGAAUCGCCCUCGCUUGACCCCCAGCUACGAUCACCAGAUCAAGAUCAUGAUCACCAGCUGGGGUCACCACUCGACCAGAUGUCAUCGCCAGACCAAGUUCACAGGCUACCAUCCAUCAUGGAAGAUCAGUGGAACUCUGUCGAGAACAUACCUUUAACGCAAGACGAGUUGGUACUAUUUCAACACUAUGUCGCCGUGGUCGGCCCUAUCCUGGAUCUCUGUGACCCCACCCAACAAUUCUCAACAGCCGUGCCCCGUCUUGCUGUACAUAAUCUGGGUUUGCUGAAGUCACUACUGGCAGUAGCAGCGCGUCAUCUCGCGGCGCUCAACCAGCCACCACUCCCGCAACCUACCAACGACUCCAACAUAGUAAACCCGCUUAUCAAUGUUGCUACGCAAUACUACUACGAGACGUUAUCAUACCUAUCCCAGAACCUAAACCAAGGCAGUUACUCGAAGUCCAGGGAGAUAAUCUCAACGUCACUUCUGAUCAGCACUUAUGAGAUGUUCGAUGCCGAGGGCCAGUACAACAACGGUGCGUGGGAACGCCAUUUGCGUGGUAUUUUCUGGAUCCAGCGGUCACAGAACAACAACGGUGAAUGCAAGGAUCCGCUCAGAAGAGCGGCAUGGUGGGCUUGGAUACGUCAAGAUACCUGGGUCGCUUUUCGAGAGGGCCGUAGGGUGUUGACGAUCUGGAGACCGCUGCGACGGCUCGACGAUCUAACACCCGAUGAGCUGUGCCUCAGGAUCAUCUACAUCUGCGGGCGAUGCGUAGACUUUGCGUCCGGCGAGUCCCUUAAGAAAUACGAUGUGGAUACUCGUAUAGACCAGGGUAAGAAGCUUACUCAAGCUCUCACGGAUUGGUACAACAUAUUGGGGUCUUCGUUCCAGCCGAUCUACAAACCUGCACUGCCGACGCAAGACACUUUCUUCUCGCCAAUAUGGAUUCACCCUCCGUCACACGCGGCUGCAAUACAGACAUACCAAUUCUCUCGUAUUAUUGUUGCUAUCAACGAACCUUCGAUGGGCGGCAUGGAAGACAUGCGCAACCGGCGACGAGUCCUCGACGAUUGCGUUGAGACUAUCUGUGGCAUUGCGAGUACACAUCAAGGCAGGGAAAUACCCAGUGCCAUGAUCAACGUGAGAGCUCUGUAUGCCGCCGGUCUUGCUGUACGGGAUCCUGUCAAGCAGGCUGGUGUUCUUCACCUGCUGGAGAAAACACUCGAGGUCACCAGAUUUCCUCCGAAGAGCCUUUUGCAAGAUCUCACAACCCAUUGGCAAGCAGAGCAAUGA